AUGGUGAUCACUGAAAUGGCAAACGAUUUUGGUGGUUCUUUGCAAGUUGAGAAUGUGCAAGCUCUUGCUUCUAAAGACUUGAACGACGUUCCACCUCGGUACAUCCGGCCCGAACGUCAAUCUGAACAAGUUCUUAUUGAUGAAUCUCUUCAAAUUCCUGUCAUAGACAUGAGCAAGCUUAUGGAUGAGGAUGAAUUAAUGAAACUUCAUUUGGCUUGCAAAGACUGGGGCUUCUUCCAGUUGAUAAAUCAUGGGAUAUCAGAAGAAGUGAUGGAGAAAAUGAAGAUCAACAUAGCAGAGUUCUUUAAUCUGCCAUUGGAAGAGAAGAUGGUAUAUGCUCAGCAACCAAAUAACAUUGAAGGUUAUGGCCAAGCCUUUGUUUUAUCCGAUGAGCAGAAGCUCGAUUGGGGCGACAUGUUUUUUCUCAUAGCACAACCACCCUCUCUAAGAAAUACCAGACUUUGGCCUAAUAUUCCUGGUUCUCUCAGAGCAACCCUGGACAAAUACUCUUCACAGCUUCAAGAGGUUACAAUCAGUCUUCUAAAGCUUAUGGCUAGGAAUUUGGGGAUUGAAUCCGAGAAACUUGCAAGCCUUUUUGAGGGUGGCACACAAGGGGUAAGAAUGAAUUAUUAUCCACCUUGUGUUCAGGCUGACAAGGUAAUGGGCCUGACAACACACUCUGAUGCCACUGGAUUGACCCUGUUGAUCCAAGCGAAUGAAGUACAGGGCCUACAAAUCGAGAAAAAUUGUAAAUGGAUACCCAUUAAACCUGUCUCAGGCGCGAUAAUUGUCAACGUUGGAGACAUCAUCGAGAUUAUGAGCAAUGGAAUAUACAAGAGUAUAGUGCACAGAGCAGUAGUUAACCCAGAAAAAGAACGCCUUUCAAUAGCAGCAUUUCAUGGUCCAAGAAUGAAUACAAUUGUAGGUCCUAUUCCAGAAUUAGUGAAAGACAAAGCAAUAUACAAGAGCAUACCAUACGAGGAGUUUAUUAGACUCGUGGUAGCCAGCAAACUAGAUGGUAAGAACUUGUUGAGCAACAUGAAACUUCAAAUCUGAAACAGGGCAAGAUACCUCCAAGAAGCCACAAUCAACAAUCCAUGGGCUUAAUUGCGUAAUCAUGAUUAUCAAUCCAAUUAUUUACAAAUAAGCAUUGAGUAUAUACUUUCUCUUCUUCU